CACAUCACUAGUCGACAAAUUUGACAAUCAGUGUUUGACAAUUGACAAUCCGAUCCUCGACAAGAGAGCUUUCUGAGAGAGCGAUUUUCUUGAAAAUUAUCCAAAAUGUCCAUGUGGUCGACGUUAAACCGCGCCGUCUUCAAGCGCACAUCGACUUUCGCCGUAGCUGUUGCUGGCGGCACCUUCUUCUUUGAGAGGACCUUCGAAUUAAUCUCAGAGUCGAUAUUUGAAAACCUGAACAAGGGGAAACUGUGGAAGGACAUCAAGCACAAAUAUGAAAACUAAAUGAAUUUCAAUGAUACAUUUAUUAGUUAAUUUGUUAAAUUAUUAAAUAUGGUCACUAAAUAAUCA